CAGUUUGCUCUCAGCCCCCUGCUGAGUUCUGGACUCUGGGUGGAGAGACUGGACUCAGUGAAACAUCAGUGAACGCUCCGCGCCGCAGUGGGAACUGUACAAGCGAAGAGUUUCUGUUACCAUGGCUCUAAGGCUUGGCGGAGUCCUCCUCCUUGCAGCGCUGCUCUGCGGAGUCGACGCGUCAAGCAACAGGCCCGCUGUAAACCAGGAGCUCUCCAACCUUUUCAACGAGCUCUGGAGGCUGGACGCGAACCGCAUGACGCCCGGGGUGGACUACACCGUCUCCGUCCAGGGCAGAGCGGGCUUCGUGAACCAGGGCAGCCACGUCGUGCUGGAUCACGCCUCGCUGCCUCUCUUCUCCAACGUGGACGAGAACAAGCUGAGGAACAUCACCACCUAUGCCCACUUCAUGAAGCUCCUGGACAACUACGAGCGGUCGACGGGCAUCACAGAGCGAGUCACCCCGGAGGAGCUGACAGAGAUCAGUCUCUUCCUGGACGCCGUUCUGGAGACGCAAGUCAUGAAGCGUGCUCAUCAGUACCUGGUGAGCAAAGGGAAGUCCAGCUCUGACUCCAGGCAGUUUAAGAGUCAGCUCAACCUGAUCUGGUUCCACCUGUACCACCGGCAGAGAAACACAGGCCCAGACUCUUGUGGAUUUGAACACGUCUUUGUCGGUGAAACCAAAUCCGGCACAGAAAUAAUCGGGUUUCACAACUGGGUCCAGUUCUACUUGCAGGAGAAAAACAGCCACUUGGACUACAAAGGCUACAAGGCCAGAGACCACGACCUGCCCGAUCAGGACGACCACGUCCUCAACCUCCAGUUCAGCUGGCACGGCGUGGUGAAGCCCGUCGGCAGCGCCUUCAUCGGCACCAGCCCCGAGUUUGAGAUGGCCCUCUUCACCGUCCUCUUCCUCAUCAACACGGAGCGAAGCACCACGGCGCUGGUCAACAUCGACCAGUGUCAGAUGGAGCUGGUGGUGAUCAGGCAGGGCCGCUGUCUGGGGACGGCGUACCCCAAACUGCUCAGCAGCAACAGCAGACAUGUUGGGCAGCACUCGCACUGACUCCUGCGGCACCUGAAGGCAUCACGGCCUAAAAGCGGGUGGAGAAAUCUGCGUCCAUCAGGAGAAUCAUAAUCUGUGUUGAUUCAACCAUGUAUCUUUUAAUCAACUGUUUUAUUAGGGGAAUAGGAUUUGUUACGUUUGUCAGUUAAAGGUGUAAUGGGUUAUUAAGCUGUGAGAACUUUAUAUUAAUCAUUCUCAUGAAUCAAAGUAAUGCUAAAUGUUCUAAUGGCCCUAAAAUUAUUUUAGAAAUAAAAGCAUUGCCUGUGCAAACAUCCUUUAAAGAGUGUAAACUCAUUAAUGUCUUGUUAUUUGAGCAGCAACGACAUGAUGCAGCUAAUCUAAAACGAAUACUACUUUCUUUUCUUGAUGGUUUUAUUUUUCACAUUGAAGCUGAUGGACUCGGGGUUUCUUUGAAUUGCUCUGACAUGACAAGACUAUUUUGUUUUUUUAAGGUCUCUGAAUAUUGUCGAACAACUUUUUCUUAUCCUAUAUGAUUUCACAAGAUGUGUCUUCUCCCAUUCUGUUUUUGUUUUUAUCUCACCCGUCAGUUUUUGUGUUCGAUUUAGGUCACGUGAACCCUUUCUGUGAUUGUUUUGCCACAUGUUCUGGAUAAUUACCCUGAAAUCUACAAUCGUCUCUUUAAGACUUCAUAAUUCAUAUAGGCCAUUUUUAGUUACCUUGACUUUAUGGCAAUAAAUGGGUGAACAUGUGUAUUAUACAGAAGAGGAUUAGGGCCAUCAAAAAUAAAAUAAAAAAAGGAGGGGGGCAUUAAAAAAUGUCUAUUCAGUUCUGACUUAUUUCUCAGAAUUCUGACUUUAAACUUAUGAGAUAAAAUCAGAAUUAAGUAGAGUUUUUUUUAAAUAGCUCUACUUAUUUUUUUUUAAUGGCCCUAAUCCUGUUCCAUAGUAUUAAAUAUUAUUACUUCUCCUGUGUAACAUAAGUUUAAAUUGCAAAAUAAAAACUUGUCUUCCAAAUCCUGUUUGUGCUGAUUUUACAGCAGCAGACUCUGCAGGCAAAUUUCUUUGUUAAAAAAAUUGGAAUCUGUAUGUUUUCCUUUUAUUUGAUCAAGAAACAAAGCAUAAUUGAAAGUGUCUGUGGAUUGUUUGUCUAUGUUUUUUCUUUUUUUUUCCCCUUCGUUUUUUAUAUGGAAUAAUUUAGUCAGAAAUAAAGAUGAAUAUAUCAUGAAUA